AUCCCCAAAUCUUGCAAAACCCUAAUCCACAAAAAUCUUGCAGAGGAACGAACCUGCAGACGCGCCGCCAUGGGUCUUCUCUCCUGGUUCAAAGGCUCUCCCAAACCUCAAUCCGAGCCCAAGCCCCCCACUGCGUUGACUGCUGCGAGCUCGCCCUCCGAAGCUCCCGGCAUGAACGGCGCCGUCGAGGUCCCCCGGGCGGCCAACGUCACCGUCUUCGAGUUCGGGUCCGUCGCCGCCACCGCCGACAAGGUCACUCUCGCCGGGUUCUGCCCUGUCUCCGACGACCUCGAGCCCUGCCGCUGGGAGGUCCUCCCGGCGGCCGGCUCCGACGCGCCGCAGUUCCGCGUGGUCUUCUGAGAGGAGGAGGAGGGGAAAGCGACCCUGCUCUUCGGUAUCCCGCUUUGUAUAAUAAGAGUGUGAAUUGUGGAGAUCGUGUCUUGGAUUGAGGGGAGAAAGAUAUGAUUUUGCUGUUAUAUAGAUGAUGACUGUUGAGGAUGAUGAUUCAUAUGAACUUCUUGGUCUGUAUCUGGAUUGGGUAUGAAAUUUUACUCUAUGAUGAUACACUCAGGAAAAAAAGCAAUUUUCGUGAAAUAAAUUUGAGCGCUGCUGUGAAGGGACGUUAA